AUGCGCCCCGAAUCUGCUUACGCCUUCGGGUUACUGGCCGGCGUCCUGGUUGUUGCCGGUCCGGCCGCAGCCCGGCCGGAUGUCUAUGCCCGAGCGCAGCACAUACGACGACAAAACGAGAGAGAGUGCUCCGAAGACCUCGCAGACAUUCUGGACAAUGCGCCGACAACGUCAAUGCCAUGGCGUGCUACCGCCUGCGACUACACGUCGACGCUCUCGGGCGCCGAGCUUUCGGCUACCUAUGCGUCCUUCAGGAACCGUAUGUCCUCCUGGUACACCGACGACCUAGACGACAUCACGAAGCUAGAAGCCAGCUGCACACAAUACGCAUCCAUUUUCAGCCAGAUCCGGUACUGCUACGUGACUGGGCCAAUCCCGACCGCCACCACAGCGACGCCGACAUCAUCAAGAGUGGCGACCACCACUAGCACAGGCGCCGGGGGCAUCACGACAGCGACCGUUACAACUACAGCGACGCCGGACGGAAACAGGGGGAUGGACGACGGGGCGAAAGCCGGUCUCGCCAUCGGCGUCGUUCUCGCCGUUCUCUUGCUCAUGUUCAUAGGGUACAAGACGCUCAUGAAGUACCGAGCGAAACGGCUAGACGCCGCAGCCGCAGCGGUAAACGGGGGCGCCGCCGGAGCAAUGGGAGGGGCGGCGGCGGCAGCUCCGAGGCCCGUCCCCGAACUGGACCCGAGUUCGCUGUCGGAGCUCGACCCGGCGGCGGCGGUCGCGGUCCCGCGGACGACCGGCGUGCACCGGCACUUCGCCGAGCUGGACUCUCACUCCGCCACCCAGCUCAGCGAGCUGCCGGCGGACAACUACGACCCGACGCUCGACGCGGGCUCGCCGCCGCCUGCGUACGUGUCGCCGAUGACGGACUCCGGGGCCCGCGAUACGCUCUGCUCGGUCGUCUCGCCCGUGUCGCCGGACUCGAGCACCAUGUCGUCACGUCAUGGCCUGGGGAUAUCGACCACCUCGGAAGGGGAUGCGCUGCCUAAUGCUAAUGGGGAUGCGGGGGCUUUUACGAACCCAAACUCGACAGUACAGCAGGGGUUCGGGCGGGGGUGGCUGCCGAGAGACCGCUGA